GAUUGCUGGAGAGUUCAGGUGGCACAGCAGCAGCAGCAGCAGCAGCAACAGCAGAGGAGAAGCAGCAGCAGAAGGAGCAGCUGCAGGCAGAUAUAAAGGAGACAUUAAGUCUAUCAUUAGCAGACAGCAGCAGCAGCAGCAGCGAUGAGCAGCAGCAGCAGCAGCAGCAGCUAGAGGAUUUUUGCUGCAAAUGUGCUACACAAUGGAUAGAUAUUGUCCUUCCUGCUGCAGCGCAGCAGCAGCAGCAGCAAAGGCAGCAAAACUUUGAUGCUGUUAUCUCUGUACGUACACCAGCAGCAACAACACCAACAGCAGCAGAAGCAGCAGAAGCAGCAGCAGCGGCUGCUGCUGCUGCAGUUGCUGCUGCUGCUGCUACCCCUGAAGAUGAGGUCGCAAGACGCAUACGAGAGCGUGUGGUGCAGCAGUACGGGUAUGAGGUAGACGAGAUGGUAGAGUGUGACGAUGAAGGGAAGCUGCAGCUAAACAGCAGCAGCAGCAGCAGCAGCAGCAGCAGCAGCAGCAGCAGCAGCCCUAAGAAGGAUGGUUAUGAUGCAGGCAUAUGGAGUAAUGAUAACAGAGCACGAGUACUAAAGGCGUCACAAGCAGCAAGAGCAAAGGCUAAGGCAGAUCAUGAGAUGGAGGUGCAGCGCAACAAACAGCAGCAGCUGCUGCAGCAGCAAAAGAUGGAGAAAGAGAAACAGCGAGUAGCGCGCAAGGAAAGGAAGGCAGGUCGCUAG